AUGGGAGCAACACAAAGCUCGGGAACUAAACUUUCUUUAGCUGAUCGUCGUUAUAAAGUUAAUAGUCCAAGAGAUUCGUUAUUAGUUCAGCAACGUCAUAGUGGUCGCAAAUUAGGUGGAGUGGCAUUGGAGCCUCGAGAUAACCCACAAUGCAGUUCUACAACAAAAGAAUCGUUUCAAUUAGAUGACGAUUCACAACAGGCUAUAAUUUUUGAUAUGGAAACUUUGGAAGCGGGAGAUAAAAAUCGACGAAGAAAAUCUGGCUCUAAUGGAAGCACUAAUUCAAACGAUACAUUAAAUAGGCAAAACCAAAAUUUACAAAUGGCUAGAAUCGAGAAUUCAGCCUCAGUCUUAACUAUUUUAUUAACUCGUACUCAACGUGUUCUUAUUGAAAACAGCUGGAAAAGGGCUAAAAAAGGAGCCGCUGAUGGUGGUGUGGGUCGCCUUAAAUACGAAGGACAAUUUCGAAGGCAUGCAAGUGUUCUUACUCGUGCAUUAGAAUAUAUCGUCAAAAACGUGCAAUAUACAGACAAAUUAGGCAUUCAUUUCCAGGCGUUAGGUAAAAAACAUUGUCAAAUGAAUGGCGGAAGAGCUUUUCCUACACAUUAUUGGGAUACAUUUCUUGAGUAA